AUGGCUGGUCCUCACGAAUACUCGUACGGAAAUCAACAGCACCAACAGUACCCUCCUCAGCAACCGUAUCCUAAUCAACAACAGUAUCCUCCUCCGCAAUACAAUGCGCCGCCUCAGUAUGGAUACUACCAACCGCAUCAAGCCCACCCAGCUCCUUACCGCCAAACUCCACGCCAGAACUUCGCUGUCGUGACUGCGCGGCAGCUGAAUAUCGCUAUCCCUGUUGUCAUCAUCAUCUUGAGUAUCUGGUGGUCUCUUAGAUCGCAGAUCUGUCCGAGCGAUGUACCCAUCGGUCAUGAAUGUUCGUGGAUGCUCUGGACGGCUUUGCCUGUUGCCAUUGCGUCUUUGUUUUGGGCGGUCGUGAUGAAUAUCUCUGCUCGUCGUGCGAACCACUCCAUGUCCCACGUCCCGGCAGUUGUCAACACCAUCGUGCAGCUCAUCCUUGCGCUCGGUGCAACGGCAUGCUUCGCUAUUCUCAUCUAUCACAUGGAGAACUACCCUGUAUGGAAUCGAAGUUUGGAGGGAUCCAUGAUCGCUCUUCUAGUAAUACUAGCAAUCAUUAACUGGGUUUUAUUUGGGUGGUCGAUUUACGAGAUGAGGUUCUAUCGUCAGGAGAGGCAGAGCGCAAACAGCCACAUACCCAUUUGA